CCGACGAGGAGAUGUCUACAGCUCCAACAACGUGAGACUUGACGGGAGAGGCGGCCACUAGGCCUUAUAAGGUGGCCGCUUGUCUCUUCUCUCCCUCCAUCGUCUCUAUCUGUAUAUCUUAUUCCCCCUUCCCCUACCCAAGAAUGGUUAGCCAUAUGCCAGAUCAGAUUGGUCUGUCGGCAAUGGCGCAGCUGCCGGGACGGAAACCGAGCAAGGUAUCUUCGAUGCUUGGGGGGCACAUCUCACGCGUGACUGGACGACAGACGCGGACGCAGCUGGAAGAUGGUGUGAUGCCCAUCCCGGCUACGAGCCUACGAGGUUAUCUGGUUCUUCUCUUGAUGGUAGGGGUUGUUAGCAUACGACGGAGGGGACGGAGGGGAUUGGUACGUGACUGAAAUGCAACGUUGACGGAUUAGCAGCCACUCGAUUAGGUUAUUCCCAUGGCCACACGGUCUUGAACAUUGCCCGGAUACUGCGCCGGAGGUGGGG